AUGACGAAAGCAGUUGAAGAAGUUAUUAGCGAAUUUAACAAACUUGUUAAUAUGUCUGUAGAGGAAUUAGAGGAAUUCCUCAAAACUGAAGAAUCACAAAAUGCAGGUUGGGGUGAAGGUGAAGAAUCAGUUGGGCAUAAUAGCGGUCGUAACAUUGUUGACAUUCUUAAGAAUAACCCAGAAAAGAAACCAGAAAGCUACGAUGAAUCUGCCUUGGAACAUAUGAGAAAAGUCGUCGCAUACUGUAAUCGUCAUAUUCAGGGUGAACUCUCAUCACUUGAAUCAAAGACUGCCGAUGAAGUCAAACAAGCAAAGUCUUACCUCAGCUUGAAGAACUGGGGACAUGAUGUUCUCAAAUAUCUCAACAAAGGUGAUGAAGAGAAGACUGAAGAGAAGCCAGCUGAAGAAAGUAAAGAAGAACAGCCAGCUGAGAACAAAGAAGAACAACCAACUGAACAACCUGAACCUGAACAACCAGCUGAGGAACAAAAGGAAGAUGCUUCUGCUCAAGACGAUAAGAAAGACGAAGAAGCCGCUCCAGCCCAAGAGGAAGAGAAAAAGGAAGAAACUCCAGCUGAUGCACCUGACGCAGCUGAAGCUCAAGAUGAUGGUCCAGCUCCAGAGGAGCAAGAAGACACCCAAAAUACUGAUGCUGAAAAGCGUAAGACUGACGCACCUGAACAAGAGGCCUCACAGAAAGCCCAAAAGACUGAAAACACUGAAUCAGCUCCAACUAGAAGAUCAACCAGAGGUGCGAAGCCAAUCAAAUCUUACAACGAAGAUGAAGACGAUGAGUAA